CGGUUUUUGGGUGGGUGUGAUGAGGACUUUGUGCCCCAACUUGGACAGAAUGGAUGGGCUAGAAACGGUUCUUGAAGUUCCGAUACCGAAUGAAGUAUACUCCUCUCCCAAGGACGUGAAAGCCUGGGUCAAAUCCCACCGGGAACCCUCCAUUUCCGGCGGCCGGAACGCCGAAAUUCAGCUCUUGCUUGGCGUCAUCGGAGCCCCUCUUAUCCCUCAUCCCGUCCGUCCCCACCAUUUCCCCAACAACAAAAUCAACGACCAUCCCAUUGAGACGGCGAUGGCGAAGUAUAUAGUGUUGCAGUACAUGGCGGCGGCGGGAGGGGAGAGUGCGUUGGGAUGCAUUGAGAAUAUGUAUGCGAUGGGGAAGGUGAAGGUGGCGUCGGCGGAGUUUGUGUGCGAAGAUAAUGGGCUGAACAAUGGGGGGAAGAAGGUGAUGAAGAAGAUGAAGAGCAAUGGAGCGCAGGGUGAAAUGGGGGGUUUUGUUGUGUGGCAGAAGAGGCCGGAUCUUUGGAGCUUGGAGCUGCUGAUUUCCGGCUGUAAAAUCAGCGCCGGCAGCGACGGCAAGGUGGCGUGGCGACAAACCCCCUGGCAUAAUUCUCAUGCUGCCCGUGGUCCACCUAGACCCCUUCGUCGCACCUUACAGGGUCUGGAUCCAAUGUCAACAGCAAAUCUCUUCUCCAACUCAAUCUGCAGCGGCGAGAGAACGGUGAACGGAGAGGAAUGUUUCGUCCUGAAACUGGAAGCGGAACCCACAGCUCUGAAAGCAAGGAGCAGCAGCAACGUGGAGAUAAUGAGGCACACAGUGUGGGGCUAUUUCAGCCAACGAACCGGCCUCCUGAUCCAGCUACAAGACUCCCACCUUCUCAGAAUCAAAUCCCCCGGAAACGACGACGUCCUCUGGGAGACCACCAUGACGUCCCUCAUCCAAGACUACCGCACCCUCAAAGGAGUCAACAUAGCUCACGCCGGCAGAACCUCGGUUUCGUUGUCGCGAUUGGACCAAAACUCCCAACCUCACACCGUAACCAGGAUGGAAGAGGUUUGGAGCAUUGAGGAAGUCGACUUUAACGUUAAGGGCCUGUCUGCUGAUUCUUUCUUGCCUCCGAGUGACUUGUUCAACAAGAAGCAGGGAGAUAGAAAACUAUCUGCAUUCUUAUCCUCCAGAAAAACAUGAUUAAUUACAACAUAUAUUAA